CGCCUUGCAACGCGGAGCCGCCACUCACUCGAUUGUGACGCGCUCCUCUCCACUUCAUUGUGCGCUUCGUUCAUCCGCUAUGGACCAUCCGAUGGUCGUGGCCAGCAUGGAGCUGCAUGGAACAACGCCUUGUCUCCUGGACGCGCAACCGCCAGCUUCGCGAAGAAGAACGUGCUCUGGCUUGCUCUAGAUUGCCCUCGCUCAUCAUUAGUGCAAUGAACCCAGCAACGCAGGCCCUGCGUCUCAUGUCCGUUCCGUCGCUCCCAUGUCCUCCACGUCAGUCUUAUCGUCCCAUGAGCAUUGACCACAGAGACAGACAUUGCAUGCUGCUCACCCUGCUCGUCUGUCCUGUUCAAGGAUCCACGUUUUAUUUAGCGUGUCGCCGAUCCCUCGCUGCUGCGCUCUCACGCGUACACCUUCCUACGUCAUUUGUAAUUCCCUCACAUCAUGGCUAUAUCAGUUCAUCAUAACCUCCUCGCUACGAUCAGCCAAACUUUGUCGGCUCCUUAGAACGGUCCUCAUCUCGGGUCGCGUCGUUCCCGUAGGGCUACUACUGUGCCAGGAUGCUCGCCACACCACUCGACCGGCAACAUGUU